AUGUUUACAUCAGCACUUAAAAGUUCAUGGGGUAGAUACAAAGUACUACUUGAAACUGCACCAUUUGCAACAAAGUGUCUUACAGCUGCUGGUAAAUUAAUUUUCGAAUCUUUCGUCGUCUACGAUUAA